CGCCCAAGUUUAGUCUAACGAUGUGGUCGAGUGGAGAUAUUAACCUGGCGGUGGCAAUUGCCCUCCUGGCCAUUGCAGGCGUUGUCCAGGCAGCUCCACCCAUGGGACGUGUGGUCAAUGGAACGGAUUCCAGUGUGGAGAAGUAUCCUUUUGUGAUUUCCCUACGUGGUCCCACUGGCUCCCAUUCCUGCGGCGGCUCUAUUAUUUCCAAGCAGUUUGCCAUGACCGCUGCCCAUUGCACUGCUGGACGCACUGCUGCUCAGCUCAGUGUCCAGUAUGGAGUCACCACGAUCAGCUCCACGGGUCCAAAUGUCGUCCAAGUGAAGAAGAUCAUCCAGCAUGAGGGCUAUAAUCCCUACAACAAUUAUGCCAAUGACAUCUCCCUGCUGAUGCUGGAGGAACCUUUCGAGUUUGAUGGCGUUACUGUGGCACCCGUGACUUUGCCCGAGGCUGAUUUUGCCACGCCUCAAACGGAUGCCGGUGGUGAGGGCGUGCUCAUUGGCUGGGGGCUGAAUGCGACCGGUGGCUAUAUUCAAAGCACUCUGCAGGAGGUGGACCUGAAGGUCUACUCGGAUGAGGAGUGCACUGCCCGGCAUGAGGGCAGCACGGAUCCUAGAUAUCACAUCUGUGGAGGAGUGGAUGAGGGCGGCAAGGGUCAGUGCAGCGGAGAUUCCGGUGGCCCUCUGCUCUGUCAGGGUGUUCAGGUGGGUAUCGUGUCCUGGAGCAUCAAGCCCUGCACUGUGGCCCCCUAUCCUGGUGUCUACGCCAAAGUGAGCAAGUAUGUUGAGUGGAUCAAGAGGAACCAAAUCAUAAUGGCUUAGUCAUGCCCAUUCUCUGUUAAUUGUUAUAAGCCUGCAAUAAAUCACUGAUUAAAUGGA